AAGAAUUUGGCGCGAGUCGACGAGUGAGUCUCCGUUCGUUUGACGCUCCCCUGCACCUGGACGAGAUGUGCGUGUCGAUGACGGCGCUUGGGCGGCGAGGGUUCAUCCCGAGGGAUAUCAUGAAAUGUCAAAUGUUCAACGUCAAGCGACCCGAGCAUUGCUCCAGCCGCGACGAGUCGUCAAUGAACAACGCGCUGUCAGGACGGUGUCCUAUGUCAUUGUGCGCUGCCGAUGUCUCGCGUGUCCUGGGCCGAUUCCGCGACAGCUCGAGGACAUUCUCUUCCGCGAGGACUCCGAUUUCCGCCGACGCCGUCGUUGACGCUUUGACGAAGCAGCAAGCGAAGGAGCUAGUGUCGAAGCUCACCCCCGAGGAGCGGGGCUUGUUCUUGACUGCGCUGAACGAGUGCAAAUCGGCGGAGGAUAAGGCUGGUUAUGAAGGUCAAUUGGCAACAGUCCGGUGGAGGAGCAAGUUUGGUAGACCUAGCAAAAUACCAUCGCUGGGCGAGGUGGAUCCUACAGGAACCUACUGCCCUAUGCCAGACGAUUGGUUAAAUCGCAAAUAUGUGCCACAGUUAGUUGAACACGUUGCAGAACCAACCACAAAAGACCUGGUGCUAGUCGCGAUCGCGAAUGCAAUUCCGUUCGUUGGGUUUGGUUUUCUCGACAACUUCAUCAUGAUCGUUGCUGGCGAUCAAAUCGAGUUCAUGUUGAAUCAAAGAUUUCCAAUCUCCACCAUGGCAGCGGCGGCGCUGGGUAACACAGUAUCCGAUGUCAUUGGAAUCGGCUCGGUGCACUAUGUCGAGAUAUUUGUUCAGAAAAUUGGCUUUGAAGCGCCCAAAUUAACUCUAGGACAAUUGAAUCUACCUAGGACACGGAUUGCCGCGAAUGUGGGUCGGGUCAUCGGUGUCACGAUUGGAUGCAUUAUUGGUAUGACGCCUAUACCUCUAGCUGCGCUUUUCCGCAAUGAUAGUUGAAUUGUCAAAAAAAAAAAAUCCCCAACAAUUAAUUUAAUUAACUCGUGAAACGUCCUACAAUAAGCGUUUUGUUUAACAAAUGCCUAAUGAACUUUUAUAAUUUAAAUAUUUAAUUGUCGCAAAUAACAGGAUUUCUAAGUAUUAAAAAGUAUUUAAUAUAUAAAUAUAUAGAAUGUAUAGUAUAGAACAAAGUUUAUGUAUAACACCAAACAGUAGGUUCUUCAACUUACUAUUUUACACGUGGUUUUAAUUGAACAUAUAGUUUAUAAUUAAAUGUUAUAUUUUAAUGUUAAGUAAAAGCAAUUAAGUAUGUGUGAUUUUAGAGAUUAAACUGGAAUAAAAAUUUGUUUUAAUAUCAGU